AUGGGGUAUUUCACACUGAAUGAUAUGCAGUUCUUAGGGAUUUCUCCAAAUUUGGUAACUUUCACGUGUUUGAUCGAUGGAUACUGCAAGAACGAUCGUUUGGAUAUGGCACUGGACUUGUAUGAUCGCAUGACAAGUCUUUCUGUGCUGCCAAAUGUAUUUACUUUCAAUGCACUUGUUGAUGCUCUCUGUAAGAAGGGGAUGCUGGAGAGAGCGGUAGAGAUGUUUGAAAAGAUGCACGAGAUAGGGGUGCCAGCAAAUGUGGUGGUCUAUACUUCCUUGAUAGAUGGGGAUGUGAAGAAGGGCUUGGACUUGCAUAAUGAAAUGCUCAUUAAAGGUUUUGAGCUUGAUCUGUCCACGACUUCGGCGGGCUUUGCAAGCAUGGGCUUUUGCAGGAGGCAAAAGGAUGGACAAUGCCCUGAAUAUAGUGCUGAUGAACAAGCAAUUUGCACUGUCGGCCUUGCUAAAUGGAAGUCUGGAAUUUUUGUUGAAGCAAUCCACUAUCUCUCAGUGUUGGCAACUCCUGUUGAGAGUAUUCUUGAGGGUGAUGACGCUGGAGCGGAAGGGGCCAUGGGCAUUAACAAGACAGAGGAGGUCGUCGAGGAGGUGGUUGACCUAGGCAAACUGACGAUGAAGGGUCCUGGACGUGGGGAAGGUGAAGGAGAUCGUCAAUGGCAGCGAUGA